AUGCCCGACAUUGUGAAGGACAUCAUAAAAGCGAAGAUCCUAUCCCUCCUUGUGGUGUCAAACACUUUCGAAGCUUUUGGUUUAUUUGAGGAAUGGCUAAAGAAGAAAGAGAACGAAACAUGUUCCAAAGUCGUCAGAUGCUACGUACGAAAGAGCAGUUCCGGAAAUACAUAUGUUUACCUCUGUCAUCAAGCACGAGGGAAGGGCGAGGAUAUCGAUCCUGAGGAAUUCAAGCAGAGGUACAUGCAGCACAAAAGAAUCAAGAAGCACUGCCCCUGCUUCGUCAAGGCUCAUUUGAACGGGCUUGGCACGGUGCAUGUCACUGCGUGCUUUGGACACUAUGGCCAUGCAAUAAGCAUGGCAGCUCUGCCCUUAUCAAAUGAGGAUGAAGGUGUGGUCAAAAAUCUGAUCGAGGCAGAAGUGCCGGCGCGAACAAUAGUGUCGAAAUUGCGUAGAGAGAACUGGAAUUCACGGCAGGACCCCGAAAGGCAAAUGCGAUUGUGUUAUUUGACAACUACAGACAUUAGUAACAUUGCCGAACGCCACCAUUUAAUAAAAGGAAACACCUGCGACGACAGAACGUCGGUCAAAACCCUUGUGGAAAACGAGGAUGAUAUUGCAGCUUCGAAACUCAUUGAAACAAACAACCUCAGCGGGACGGAUUUCUACUAG